GUUCUUAGUUUUGUUGAUUUUGUUUCUCUCGGUUGUCGGUGCAAUUUUGCAUCCCGCGCCUGACCCCACCGCCCGAUGCCGUAGGGCCCGGUCUCAACUCCCACCUACGACCACACCAUCGAGGCCGUUGGCAGCCAAUUGUGCCACCAACCAUGGCACACUCAUCUCCUUCGCGGAGAAGCCAGCACAAUGGCAACAUCAAGUCAAGCCCCGAGCGAGGCUACACCGCAGACUUCCUCUCCGAGAAUCGAAACUCGGAGCUGAGCCAUCGCGACGCUCUCGCCGCCGCCCAGCUCGAGCACGAGCGUGUUCGCCUCGCUGCUCUGAGGGUCUAUGAGGUCCACCAAUUGCAGGAGGAGAAGCAAAGGCUGGAGGCUGAGCAGCGGAGGAUAGCACAGCUACAAAAAGAGGAAGAAGAUCGUCUAAAGGCCGAAGCAGCAGUGCGCGCCGAGCAGGAGAGGCUGAGAGAGCUCAAGGCCAAGCAGAUUCCCCAACUCCCUCCCGAACCCGAGCCUGAACCGCCCAAGCCGGAGCCGAAGAAGUCUCAAGAACCUCAGGUCGGCGCCGCGCCGACAACCCAAGCCAAUGAGUUCCUCGCGAAGCCCGCAGCACCUGCGGCCCCUAAACCUGUUGUUCAGCCAGCCGCGCCUGCGCCGGCACCAGCUCAACGUCGCGUUGACAGGUACACCGAGAUACACCAAGCUCUCAAGAAGCUGCGCAAGGACGUCGAAGCCCUGUCGAAACAACCUGGGAAUCCGUUGAAGGGCAAAUUGGGUGAUAUGCGGAGACAAAUCAGAAAGUCUAUUGGGCAACUGACUGCUGGGAAGGGAGCAAACGCGCAACCUCUUGCCACGAUCAAUGCUGCACUACGCGAAUCUCUCGGCGGCCAAGUCCAGUCACCUCUAAUCGAUGCAAGCAUAUACGUGCAGCAAAACAGGGAGCCAGCCGACGGCGCCGUACACAAUGGCCCGCAGCUGCCGGCCCUGUUCAUAUACCUCCUCAACAUCCUCUCAAAGGCAAUUAUCCAGCAAUUCUCCAACGAAGGCGGCGCGAACCCAAAGUCGGCCGAGCCGGUCGGCAUCGUGACGGCGCAAAUCUUCUCCAACAAGGACUACCACUGGCGCGGUGGCUCCAUGAUCGACAUCCUCAUUGCCAAGUUCCGCGUGGCCUGCCCCGUCCUCUUCGGCUCUAGAGGCAGCGACAAGACGGAGGGCGGCCGCAGGGCCAUUGGCUGGAAGAGGGAGAACGGCAACUGGGUGCCCGAGCAGGCGCACAACGACAGGAUGACGGGCCUCGGUGCCGGCUUCGCGGCCAUCGCCCUCCGAGAUUUCAGCAAGGCGUCCAAGACGAACCCGUACCCGCCGACAAACUACUGGAAGGCCAUGGCACAGAUUGUCAACUCGCCGCCGCAGCUCGUCUCCAACACGCAGUAUGUCGUGCUCAAGUCCAUGAUUGACGGCCACGAGCAGCGCUUUAUCAACUUUUACGGCAACGCCGCCGUCGCGGCCCUCCGGAUGGCGUUGGUGGAGUUCCCUAAGAGGGCUCCUCCGGGGGCCACGGCCGCACAGGCGUUGCAGGUCCUGGGUGAUGUUCUGAGACGAGACUCUGGGUUAGACGUGGCAUAGAUUUGGGAUGGAGAGCGGAGGUAAAGCCAAGGUAGAUGAAAUACCUUUUGUACACAUACAUGAGAGGCAUGGGCUGCCGAUUUCAGGGCAGGGGGGGGGUUUCCAAGAGGUACACAUACUCUGGCGUUUCUGGACAUCCUGGCAUGGGGGUACUUAUACACACCAAAACGACCAAGAGGCAAGAUUUCAAAAUGGCUUGCGAUGGGCACAAUAUCGGGGCUUCAGUUCAGUUCAUACAUUGAGCAAGAUGAGGAGGCCUGGCGGGAAAGAGGAUAUUCAC